AUGACAGGCCCUGGGUUACUGGAUCUUCCCGUGGAGAUUCUAAUGAAGAUUAUCCAGUUGGCGAUUCCUCCAAUGGUCCUCCCAGAGGACCUCCACGUGGUCGGAUGGAUGACGAACCCCAACGAGCGUGCCGCGACUAUCGCUAUCAUGGGGGUAUGCCAUAAAUUCCGAAACCUCCUUCUCAAGACUCGACCUCUUACUGGCUAUGCCGCCACUGGUCAAAAGUUUACCUUCGACGUUGAACGCGACACUCUUUUGGUCCAUGGCAUGAACAUUCCGGACUUCCUUAAGACCCCCCAGCUUCCCAACCUUUAUGGCGUCCGUCGGCUCGUGUCCCUUCUCCCUUAUACAAUUGGGUGGGGUUCAUACGAUUAUCUGCAGAGAACAAUUCGAGGUUUGCGGCGCCCAUGGGCUAUUGAUGUAAUGUCCCAUGAUCCACUUGAUACCGCCUAUGAGGAGAGCCUAUCAUUCGAAACAAGCUUUACCGUCGCCCAAGAGCUAGGGUCUCUUUGGGAAAUUGGCCUUGUCAUUGAGACUGCUCCAGGGUGGUAUAUCAACUCUUUUCAGCAGUUUGGCCCCCAGCCAGAACAUCGACCAACUGGCCAGGCAUCCGGAAGUCUCGGCCAGCCUGUUCACCAUGCAGGACUCCGUUGGACUAAUCCUCGGUUUGAAUACUACCAAGAUCGUUACGAGAUCCCGAUGGUUGGCCUACACGGAUACAGCAAAACUCGCCGUGACCGACGCAACCCGCGCCAGCAGGAGUAUUCUCAAGGCGGUCAGUGGGCCGGUUUUCGUGUCUACCUCGAGACCCAGGAAGUUGAAUUCCGACCACUCACUUGGGAUGAAGUCGAACAUCUUUUUCACCAUCAGAAGCAGCCAGGGAAUGGUUCAAAGUUCCUGCAAGCCCCGGACCCCGAGUUUCUGUCUCGGAUCUAG